GAUCGGUUUAAUAAUUGGGCGAGAAUUUUGGUUUUAAAGACGGCCGUGAAAGCUUCUUCAGAGUAUUCCGCCGUCGGAAAUUGCAAUGGGAGGAGGAGGCAUGGAGGAGCUGACGGAAGACGAGAAGAGAGCUCUGAGAGGAAGCAAAUUCGCUCCGCUUACUUCUCUUCCCUCCACUUCUCGCUCUCAGCCGCCCAGAUUGGCUCAUCCAGGUGGACCCUUGAAAACGAACAAGGCGGCUGCUUUAGCCAAGUUUCUAGAACGGAAGCUGCAAGAUCCCAAUGGGCUGUCUUCCAUUGAUCCUGAUCUUAUCGAAUUAGCCGUCAAAAACGCCAGAGACACCGUUAUUUCCAGUGGGGCUUCGAGUUCAGGAAGAAGAAUCCAACACGUUGCCUCAUUUGAAGACGUCGAGGUAUCUUCUGAUGAUGAUAAGAUAGAGAACAUUAAGCUUACCAAAAAGAAAAAGAAGAAAAACGCAAAGAAGCAAAAAGAAGAGAAAAAGAAGAAGAAAAACAAAAAGCAUAAGCAACAGAUCAUAGUCGAUGAAGAUGCCAAGUUGAAGAGACCCAAUAAGAAGUUGAAGCUUUAGUGUCCCUUUUUUUGAUUAUACAUUACUACUGGUCACAAUUGAUAAAGAUGGACUAGGGUCAUGAGCUUUCUUGUUUUAACCGUUAUUAUUUAUAAAAAAAAACUGAGACUCGACUCGUUUGUGGGUUUUGGAAUUGGAACAAAUAGCUUCAUGAAUCUGUAUUUUUUUCUUUAAUAGUUGAAUUGUGUUUUUAGCC